GCACUCAAACCUUUCCACCAACCCAUUCGCGCGACGGCGACUAACAACCGAGAAAUCGACUUCUCACUUCUCUCUGACGGCGAAGACGAUCACGUCGAAUGAAAAUUAAAAGUGCAGUUUGAACUUCAUCUCCAUUUAUUUAUAUUCUUCACGAUGGAUGACGAAUCUCCCCUCAACCAACUCGGGCACCAACACCAAUCCAAACGAUCGCGAUCGUGCACAAAUAUCACACGCAAAAGUCGAGUCCAUACUCAAGUGACUUCUAAUAUUGAUUUAGGUUCAACAUCGAGGGUCACUGUUUGGCAUUCUGAAGAUCAACAUGUAGUUGGAACAUCUAUUAUUGAUGUUUUGUUCAACCGUUCUACACGUGGUGAGAUUAUUGAUGGAUUUAACGAGAUUAUUUGUAGGAAAGCACACAAACGCCUUCAUAAUCUGAAUCAUAGUGUAGGAUAUGUUUCAUCUUUUUUUUACGGGAAAGUUUCUUCUUCAUUUUCUUCAACUUAAGGUCCAUGGUUGUAAUUGGAAGUCAAGGAAUCACGGCAAGCCACGUACCCAAUUUUGUCGAAAACAAGAUCCAAAAAAGCUUGAUUGUGG